UAUUAAUCAUCUAUCAACCACAUCUGAACAGGGCACUCAUGGAAUACCCAUGGUUUGAACUUUGACAUGUCGCUUGCAAAAUCGCCCAAGGUCUUUCGCCCUACAGGGUUUGGCUCCACAAGCAUCUUCUCCAGAUGUUAUUCUCAACAGCAGCAUAAGGUCCCGGCACGACUCUCACAACCUUUACCGAAGGGAACAUGGGACAGUCAUAUGCAUGUCGUUGACCCAGUACGCUACAAAUUGGCUGCCGAUGCCAAAUACAAGCCUCACGCUCAUACCUUAGAAGAUGCAAAGACCUUCUACUCUCAAUUUGGCAUACACAAUAUGGUCCUUGUCCAGCCAUCCAUAUACGGAAAUGACAACUCAUGUAUGCUCGAUGCGUUAAAAGAAUUGACCCCUCGACAUGGCCGAGCAAUCGUCGGGCUCGAUCCGCAUACCAUUGACGAGGCCACCUUGCGACACUGGCAUAAGCUCGGUGUGAGGGGAGCACGUGUCAAUCUGGUGUCCGUAGGAAGAGAAGUCACCGAGUCAGAACUCCGAAGCGAAUUGCAUGCAUAUGCCAGGAUCCUCAAGCCUUUGGACUGGGUGUUGCAACUUUACAUUCCGCUCAAGCUCGCAACGCCUCUGGAGAAUAUUGUGCCUGAUCUAGGGUUGAAGGUGUGUAUAGAUCAUUUCGGCUGGCCAACCAUGCCAGAUCCCUACCAUCCUACGCAAGCUAUUCUCCCCUACAAGAUGCCUGGAUUUGAGUCGCUUGUCACGCUCCUGCAGAAGCGGACUUGGGUUAAGCUGUCGGCACCCUACAGGCUGUCGAAAGAUCCUGACAUGCGAGACAUGGACCCGAUUGGGCAGGAGCUGAUCAAAGAAGCCAAAGAUCGUGUCGUAUACGCGACCGAUUGGCCACAUACGAGGUUCGAUGGCGUUGACUCCGUACCAUUCAUCGAGAGGUGUUUUGAGUGGUGUGGUAAUGACCCUGAACUCGUAGAGAAGCUCUUUAGAGACAAUGCAGAAGAAUUGUGGGAUGCUUCACCGGCUUGAUAAAGUGGGAACAGACAAUGGUGACAAAUUCAGCGAUGGCCCUACCAAGAGAAAAACGAGGUCAGCUACUUAUAUAUAGUCAGUCACAUGGUUCGAUCAACCCCUGAUGGCGAAUGAAGUUAUGAUCAUUUUCC